AUGCCAGAAAAUAAACAGCCGGGGCCUUUGGCCAAUCUGCUUUGCUUUUUCCUCGCCCUUGAGCGAGCACAGUGCGAUGUCAAGAACCGUCAUACAGCGAACGAGGCAGACCGAGACAGCGUUCUCUUUCCAGCAGGCGACGAUGAGAUCACUCACGAAGGAAAAGUCAAGGUCACUUCCGAGCUAGCUACAGGAGGAUCAAACCAGCUUGGCAGCGAAGACUCGCCAGGAGACAUGGAAUAUCCGAUUGAACAAAGGGCACUCGAUUUUCAUAGAGUCAACGAAAAAGUCGAUGAAGUCUUUGCUUUGUUAGUGAGAAACAGUUCGAAAAGAUAUGAACGCGUCGUCGUUGUUGCAACAACUCAAAACGAUAACAACAUGCUGCGGUUUGGUCCCAAGUGGAAGGUUGCCAUCGAUAUCGCCAUCUGUGAGCAGCUCGUGCACGACUUGUAG